CUCCUUUCUGUUCACUCUGCGCCUUCUCUCCCUGGCCGUCGUUGACAUCGGCGAUAUUUAUGGAAAGCAUGUAUCUGUAAGCAUCACUGAUUCAUCCCCCUCUCAGCUUCUGCAGCCUUGAUCCGUUGCAUUUCGCGCGUAGAUUCAGACCGAAUUGCCGUUCGGUGCACGCAUGACCGGCCGAUCUGUCCCGUGAUCGGCGCAAGAAUUCGAGGUUUUUUUUUUCGGUGUUCGGUUCCCGCGGUGAUGUUCGAUUGACCCACUAGAAGGCGGCGCUGAUAGUUUUGAUCUCGAUCGGUGUGGCGAGUCGUGAUGUCGGGACCGUUGGAUCGGUUUGCGCGGCCUUGCUUUGAGGGGUUUUCUACUCAUGAUGAACGAAGAGAAAGGAAAUCUGAUUUUGAAAACUCAGAAGACGAAAGGAGGACUAGAAUUGGCUCUCUAAAAAAGAAAGCUAUAAAUGCAUCCACCAAAUUUAGACACUCUCUCAAGAAAAAGAGUGGUAGAAGGAAGAGUGAUGGCCGAGUUAGUUCUGUUUCCAUUGAAGAUAUUCGUGACGUUGAGGAGCUAGGGGCUGUUGAUUCAUUUCGACAAGCACUGAUUUUGGAUGAAUUGCUGCCUGCAAGACAUGAUGAUUACCAUAUGAUGUUGAGAUUCUUGAAAGCCAGGAAGUUUGAUAUUGAAAAGGCAAAGCACAUGUGGGCUGAUAUGAUUCAGUGGAGGAAGGAGUUUGGUGCUGACACUAUUAUGGAGGAUUUUGAGUUCAAAGAGUUGAAUGAAGUUCUUAAGUAUUAUCCUCAUGGGCAUCACGGUGUUGAUAAGGAGGGAAGACCUGUUUACUUUGAAAGACUAGGAAAAGUUGAUCCUAACAAACUUAUGCAAGUUACCACUAUGGAUCGGUAUGUGAAAUACCACGUGCGUGAGUUUGAGAAAAGCUUUGCCAUAAAGUUUCCUGCUUGUACCAUUGCUGCAAAAAGGCACAUAGAUUCAAGCACGUCCAUUUUAGACGUUCAGGGUGUGGGUUUUAAGAACCUUACUAAGGCAGCACGGGAACUCAUUAUGCGGCUGCAAAAAGUUGAUGGUGACAAUUACCCCGAGUCACUCCACCAAAUGUUUAUCAUCAAUGCUGGCCCUGGUUUUAGGCUGCUGUGGAACACUGUAAAGACGUUUCUAGACCCCAGAACAACUUCCAAGAUCCAUGUUCUUGGAAACAAGUACCAGAGCAAGUUGCUUGAGGUAAUUGAUGCUAGUGAAUUGCCAGAAUUUUUUGGUGGUACUUGUACUUGUGCAGAUCAGGGAGGUUGUCUUCUGUCUGACAAGGGGCCAUGGAAAAACCCAGAGAUAUUGAAGAUGGUCCUCAAUGGUGAAGCAAGACGUGCCAGACAGGUUGUGAAAGUAUUGAACAGCGAGGGGAAGGUAAUUGCAUAUGCGAAGCCACAUUACCCAAUGGUAAAAGGCAGUGAUACAUCUACUGCAGAGUCGGGAUCUGAAGCUGAAGACAUAUCUUCCCCAAAAGCUUUUAGGAAUUAUUCACAUCUUAGGUUGACUCCUGUUCGGGAAGAAGCUAAGGUAGUUGGGAAGGCAGGCCAUGCCAGUACCUUCUCAGGGUAUGAUGAAUAUGUUCCCAUGGUUGACAAGGCUGUUGAUGCUGCUUGGAAUAAGCAAUCAUCCCUUCAAAAGUCUUGUGCUUCUAAAGGAACACUUCCUUCACCCAAAGCUCCAAAGACUCCAGAAGGAGUUUAUGCCCGGUUUCUGGCCUUGCUUAUGGGCUUCUUCAUGACUCUUUUUGCUGUCUUCCAGUCUGUUGCAUGCCGUGUAACCAAGAAGCUUCCUGUCCCGUCUGCUGAUCAAGGCCAAAAUUUUCUGGAAGCUUCUUUUAAUGAUCUAACCAAGGAGGAAUUCCGGCCUCCUUCACCUAAUCCAGCAUUUACAGAGACAGAUAUCUUCUCGUCUGUACUGAAAAGACUGGGUGAGCUUGAGGAAAAGGUUGAUACACUACAGGCAAAGCCAUCUGAGAUGCCUCAUGAGAAAGAAGAAUUGCUGAAUGCUGCUGUUUGUCGUGUGGAUGCUCUGGAAGCUGAGCUAAUUGCUACCAAGAAGGCUCUGCAUGAAGCUUUAAUGAAGCAAGAGGAGCUUCUUGCUUACAUUGACAGUCAGGAGGAGGCGAGGCUUCAGCAGAAAAAGAAGUUUUGCUGGUAAGGUGCGUGCUAUCUGCCGGAGGAGGAAGAUUGCUCCAGUAUUUGUUUCUCUUUUUCUGUUGAUCAUCAUUUUUAUACAUGUUGUUCACAUACAUACUCAUGCUGACCUUGCUGAGGACGGAUUCAAUGAUUUUAACAACUUGAUUUUCUUUUAAUUGAGAAGAAAUAUAGAGGCUGUUGUAACAAAA